AUGCGAGCGCCGCCGCUGCUGCUGCUGCUGCUGAUGGCGGCCGCGGGCCUGGCCGUGAGUCCGCUUGCGCGCCUCAACCCCUGGCUGAGCGCGUGCGACCUGGAGGAGGAGGGCGCGAGUGGCGCGCUCGAGUGCGGGGUCGCAGCGGGGGCGUGCGGCGGCGGCGGCGGCGCGCCGGACGUGCUGGCGGAGCGCGACGUGCCGCACCUGUGCGCGCUGGGGGCCGGGGCCCGCGCGCGCCGCCUGGCCGAGCUGCGGCUGCGCGUCUGCUGCGAGCGCUCGCCCGCUUCCGCGCUGGACCGCAGCGCGCGCGCCGACGUGCUGGCCGGCGGGCCGCGCUGCGAGACCACGCUGCGCGACCUCCUCGACCUGGACGCGUUGGUCGCGCGCGUGCACUGCGACUUCGUCAACAUCCUCGACCGCUACGACUGCGACCAGCCCUAUUCCGUACACACGUGUCACGAGUGCCAGGUGAGUCAUCACGACACACCGUAACGCGCCAGACACUGUGCCUCCCCGCACUCACUGGCAUAGAUAAUUUCACGUGCCAUUGAAUUUAGUGCUCUAUUCCUAGUUUACGGCUGCGGUUAUCGACGUAGGUUGUUGAAAUGAAGACGCCGCCGCAUAGUUCCGGAAAGUAGACGUUAUGAAUAGGUAGUGUUUGUUAAAAGUUGUAAAUUACGAAGUGUCUCGUCAAAGUAUCAAAGACGUUUGUUUAAACUAAAUUCACACAUAUUGUAAGUACGAGAAUACUUAAUAAAUGAUACAGUUCGGUUCAGAAUCCUUACAAAAGCAAGAACCUAUUGGUUACGUAUCAGAGGGGACCACGAGCACUCCGCGUGACCCGUAUCUGGUUAGGCGAUUAUAUGAGUGUAUCGAUCCAUUCGGGCCAGUCACGUUUCUUAACCUAACAGUUGUUCGGGAAGUUGACAAAAGCGCUCGAGAUGUAGGUAUUCACUGUUCUUUAUUGCCUGUAUCAUGGUUGGAAACAAUAAACGCUAAGUGCAUUCUGGUUGUUUAGUAUUAUUGCUUAGUACGAGCUAACAACUUUUACCGUAGUGUUCGUCCAUAAAAUUUUUUUACGGGACAAGACUUACAAUUAUUUUU